GAUCCUCCUGUGUGCAAAGCCAACAACGUCAAUGUUUCACCAUCGUUGAUUGUCAUUAUUGGCAGCAUGUUCUCAAUAUCCUGUACGGCUGACAGUAAUCCACUGCCGACCACAUAUCUACUAUCUGGACCAGAUGGGAUUAACCUACCGUUGAGCUUUACUGGCAUAACGAGGACACAGGCAGGAUCGUACACCGUUGAGGCCAGGAACAGUAUGUCCGCAACUGGGAGUGGUAGUCCGGUUACAGCCCGAAACUUGACGUCCUUUACCAUAGAUGUAUUGUACUUGCCCUGGAUGCCAACAAUACGUGUGGAUGGUAGUACCGUAAAGGGUAUGGUGAAUAUCAUCGAAGGCAACAGCAAGGUGUUCAACUGCAGCACUGACAGCAACCCGGCCAGCAGCUACAGCUGGACGUACCCACGUGGAUCCACGGCUAACAGAGCAUUGCAAUAAACGAAUGUCCUACCUGACAUCGACGACGGGGACUACACGUGCAAGGUUCAAAACAAAUUGGUACCUUCUUUCGGCAGUUUCCAGAAUGGGGAGAAUAGAACAACUAUUACGAUCAAUGUCCUGUAUCCACCUCUCUUACCUAUAUUCAAAUACGGGACUUCCGGAGGCCCGGACAUUUCCGACAACACUAUCGCCAUUGUAGGGGGACUAGGUGCUACAGUUGCCUGUGUAGCGCACUCCAAGCCUGCUCCUUCUAUCUACGUUUGGUCUGUUACACAGACAAAUAGCCAGCUGUUGUCACUAAGUACUUUCAGUGUUAACACCACGGUCCAGUGCACUGCCUCUAACACAAUGACAGAAACAAACGGGAUCCCAGAAACCCGAACCAAUGUAUCCCCGCUGCAAAUCGUAGUGUGGCAAACUCCACAAGAUAUAACAUUGAGAUACCACUACGAUAAAACCGGAUAUAUGACGGUAAAAAACAGUAUAAAAGUACUGGCCGGAGAUGCCUUUUGGUUAUCAUGCUCGGUUGUCAGUUCCCCUCCAUCAAUCUAUACAUGGACUGGUCAAACUGCAUCACCGUCGGGCAUCUACAAUAUUACUGGCGGUCUUUCCACCAGCCAGCAAGCGUCCUGCUUGGCAGAAAACUUUAUGCAGACGACCUUCAAUGGAACAGUGCACGGGAUGCAGUCAGCAGAUCUCCACGUUGAUGUUUUGUAUGGUCCCAAAACAAAGAUCUUACAAGACCUCAGCUUAGUUAGAGGAGAUAUGUUAGUUUUUCCUUGCUUGUAUGCGCCCGGUAACCCUCCCGCUGUGUCAUUUGAGUGGACAAGGUCCGGAACCAGCGCCUCCUGGGUAAAACAGAACACACAAAACUUGACAAUCGAAUAUGUUCAGCGCAGUGAUGAGGCCAGUUAUACGUGUAAGGUGUCUAGUGUUCUUCGGCCAACGUUGACAUCAGCGACGACUGUACAGUACGAUACUGCAACAUUUCAUCUAGAUGUACUUUAUGGGGCCGAAAAUUUGAUAUUGCAACUCAACAACGAGUCCCAUUUAUCUGUAGAAAUUGAGGAACAUUCAACCAACCAUAUGCGAUGCUCGCUAGAAAGUGACCCCGGCUCUUAUAUGGUCAUUUCCAAGGACGGUACACAAGUAAUUGCACGAAAUGAAAUACAUCAACUGAUAUAUGACAUACGUGCUGAAUGUUCGGACAAGGGAGUUUAUACGUGUUUCGGAUACAAUCGAUAUGGGGCGGCCAAUAACGCGUCAAUUCAAUUAUUUGUAAAAUGUUCGGCAAGGCGACCACCUGAGGUUAAUGUUAAACUCAUUUACAACGCCCGCCAACAUGAGAAUGCAACUCUAGUCUACCAAAUAGUCGCCUACCCUGAGCCGAAACCAUCACAAUUUGUGUGGAAGCGAUGUAUGAAUACCAGUUGUGCACCUUUGCCAAAUGACAUAAAGAAAUUUAAAAUUGACACAGAAGGUCUAUCAAGUAACUUAACGGUGCUGGACGUUCAGAUCGAAGAUUACAUAAUUUAUCAAUUGUCAGUGUUUAACGGAGUUGGUGAUUCACUAGUCGAACGGUUUCACCUUAGGCCUACAGGAAAGCCUGAUUUACCAACGGACGUUCACAUAAUUCAGGACACAAUAACGGAUAGAACUGCUGUUUUGACAUGGAUCCCAGGAAUUGACAAUGGCUCUCCACAGGAAUUUCAUGUUUCUUAUAGAAAACUUGUUGAUGAAACCAGUUUGGUUAGACUUAUAAUAAAACAUGACUAUACGAAAGAGAUGUAUUACAAAAUUGAAAAUUUAGAACCUGGAACAAAGUACUUGGUUUCUCUGUUUGCGGCAAAUGAAGAGGGAUCUACUGCAUUGGUGAACGAUACUUUUGAAACUCUUGAACGUAUUUCUGAUUAUCCUGUAAAUAAUCCGAAUACUGGCUCUAUUGUUGGAGGGGCUAUCGGCGGAACUGUCGGAGCGAUCGUUGCCAUAGUUGUCAUUGUUGUCAUUCUCAGACGGCAAUAUUUACUAAAAUGCUACAUUUGCCCGAACAAGAAAAGUGCUGAUUCUGAUGAGCCUUCCGUAUUUGGUACAAACAACCCCGGAUCUAACGCAGCUCAGGCACACGAGGACGGUUCCGUGGCAACAGGCACAUCGGUUUACGAUGUUCUUAGAGAUGGAGACAAAGGGUCCGAUAAUUCGCACGUUUACAUGACAUUGAAUGAGUCAAGUCAAAAGCCACAAGGGAACUACGAAAAUGUCAAGAAAGAAGAUCCCGUGUACAACAAUGCGGUGCAGACGAAUCCGGUGCAAACAGUGCUAUAAGUGGAUACGUGAAAAAGAAUCACUGAUUGACGAUGUGACAAUGAUAUUUUGCGAUCCAUUAUCUCUGCUAGCAAAUUAUCAAAUGCUUUUGUUGUUUCACUCUAGCAUAUAAACCAGCAAUUCAUCGACGAAGAAAUAAUUGGGAAAAGAGAAGAAAUAGGUUGUAUGGACAUAAGAAUAUCGACAGUGUAUGUUGUUGUAAGUAAAAUCCACAAAAAGUCAUAUGAGGAACAAAACAUAUGAUCUGGAUUCCGUUCGGACGGCAUAGAAAAACAUCUAACACAUAAGAUAAUUUUGUGUAUCAAGCAUUUCAGAACAUGCACAUGCUGAAUCUUGGUUUAAGACCAAACAUUUUUUAACUCGUGGUCCGAAAAAUCACUUCGUCAAUCGAGAAAGUAUUGCGUUUUGUAAUUCUUAUUUUGGAAAUCGACAGGUUUUUUUAAUACCAUAUUUACUUCAUCUUUAUACCACAACUUAUUUUAGCAGAAAAAUGGCAGGAAGCGUGGAAAUUGUAACCACUUUCAUGCGGAAUAAAGGCAGACACACUUGUCUUGCAAAUGCUAGAAGCGGAAGGGUACGUUCUGUUUUGUUCGCGUGCCUUCCUGAGUUCAGCAGAAUACUAAAAUGUGCACACAAUGUAUUUUUCUCGUCGUUGGUAACACAAAUUUAAAUAGAUGUUCAAAGCUUAUCAUUAUUUCUAAUUCUUUUAAAAAGAUAUUGAAUUAAUUGAUAUAUAUUUAUAAAUACACGUUAGACAACCAUGAUAUAAUUUGUCAAAAUAAACGCGUUAACUUCUCAUGUUUCUGUA